AUGUCAGCCAUUACGGUCACAAACGUCGCUCCAAGCGCGGAAGAGUCUAAUUUGAGGGAAUUCUUCAGCACGGCAGGGGAGAUUGAGCGCGUGCGCAUCUUCAACGUCGCCACGAAGAGCGGACGCAAAGCCGUGAUCGAGUUCACGCACAAGGAGGCGGUGAGCGCGGCGGUGCUAUUAAACGGAUGUUUGUUACUCAAUCAUCCGUUGAACAUCGCGGAGUGCGCGUACCCGGUUUCGGACGACGUCGCGAACGAGGGCACGACGCUGAACAGCUUUGAAUCCAAGUUCGCUGGAUUUUUAGGCAAGACGCUUCUCGCUGGCAAGCAAGCCAUGGCGGCGGUGAAGGAUUUCGACGAGAGAAAUCAAAUCACGGCUAAGACGAAAGAAAAUAUCAAGGCUAUGGAUGAGAAAUUACAAAUAUCGUCCAGCAUGAAGAAAUUUGAUGAAAAGGCUGGUUUGUCGACGGGCGUCAAGAAACUGUCAACCACCGCGUCGGCGCAGGUCGCAGAGAUUGACAAGUCGCUGAAGAUAACUGCGACGACGAACGCUGUGGUGGGGAUCGGACGAGACGCUGCUGGCAUGGCGAUGAACAAGGCGAUGGAGAGCAAGGUGAUAAGUAGCGCCACGACGACCAUCGGCGAAGGCUUGAGUCAGGCGACGAACAAGGUGAAGGCGGUCACGGCGGAGGCAAAGGCGACGGCCAAGGUGGGCGAACCUGAAGUCAAUGUCGAUCUUACGCAAGUCCAAGACGCUUCCGCGCCCACCGUCGAACCCGAAGCCGUUCCCUCGAACUAGUGCAGCAUUUCUUGUAGCAAACCACCGAACAGCCAAAACUUCAAACGUUCGCGCGCGAGACGAUG